AUGUUAUGUCGAUCAUCAAACGCUGUUUGUUCAAAUGGAAAAAUGAUCAAUAAUGUCUAUUUAUCACCACAAUGUAUUUGUCAAGAUGGAUAUUUACCAGUUUAUCAAGAAUAUUUAGAUUAUUAUGAAUGUAUUCUAGUCUGUGAUAGAUGUUAUUCAAUGGAGCAACAUCCUCGUCAAAAACAUUGCGUAUGUCCAGAAGUUGUUCAACGAAAUCAAAUUCACAAGGUCUAUGAAAUUAGUAAGAUCAUCCAAGACAGAUUAUUUCAUCUUUCUGGUACACAACAAAACAUCACAAUCUGUUUUAAUCUUUCUAUGAAAUAUCAAUCUUCUAUUUUUAUAAAAAAUCAUACAACACCAUUGAUUGUAUUUAUUUCAAAUCAAUUAAAUUCACCAUAUCCAUAUGAUACUUGUCUAUUAAGUAUGUUUAAAGAAGGAAUAUGGUGUAUAAUAUUUAAUUUUUCUAUGAAUUAUAAUAUUGUGACAAGAUGUGCAUCAAUUCAAAUUUAUCAUAAAAAGAGAGAGAUUACUUUCAAAGCAUUUCUCAUUGUUUUAUAUCAAUCAGCAUUUGAUUUUAUAAUUAAAGAUAUGCAAUACUUCAUUUCAUUUACAUCAUAUUGGAAUGAAGAAUAUAUUACUAUAGAUUCAACUGAUAUCAAAAUGAUUAAUGUCAAUUACACUAGAAGAAAUCUAUCGAAUAUUUUAGAUAAACUUCACCAAAAUUUAAAAUUCACAAUUCAAAAUGAUUUAAACAAGAAAUAUUCACAAAGUGUAAUUAAUACAAGAGAAUCUAUACAUUUACAUGUAGAGUAUUAUUAUCAAAAUAAUUCGUAUACAUACAUCAGUAUUGAACAAUGUUCCUUAAGUCAGACAUCACCAUAUACAAAAUCAGAUGAAAUUAUAAUAGUACAUAAAAAUUGUCUAAUAUAUUCACCUGAAGUUAUUAAUCAAAUUAAAUUCUAUUCAAAUCAUUUAUCAACAUAUGGAAACUUUGCCAUUCCAUUGAAUAAAUAUACUUCAGUCAAUAGUAUGAAGUUAUUGACAAAUAUAACAGAAGUCAAUUCCUUUCAUUGGAAUUCCAAUGUAAUGGGAUUUUAUUCAAACGCAAGUCUUACAGCCACAUCAGAACUACAUAUCAAUUGUAUAUUUCGUGUUUGUCAACACAUUAGAUGGUGUGCAUGGCCUUCAUAUUGUAAUGAUCAUAUGAGAUCGUUAGAUUAUGAUGUACAUCAAUCAGAUUUAUCGAAGAGUGAUAUGUAUCCAUCAAUAUUCAUGUUGACGAAAUCAUUGAAAAUUAAAAAUUCCAACUACAAUUCAAUAUCUCCUUCACCAUAUUCUUCUCCUUAUUCUGAUGUAUUUAUACAAAAUAAAAGUAUAAAUUCUAUUUGUGAAUCUGAUAAUAUAUUUAUCAAAUUCUCUACAAAUUUUAUCAUUUUUAUCAUUUGUUUAAUAAGUGGAAUCAGUUUUAUAACAUUCUAUUAUCAAUGUAAUGCUUUAAUAUGUCAAACUUCCUACAAUCGAUGUUGUCAAUCGUUCUAUCGAUCUAAUCAUAAAAAAUAUACGGAUAAUCAAUUUAUUAACAAUCAAUUGAUUACUAAUAAUAUAUGUACUAAUCCUUUGAGUACUAAAGCUUUACAAUCUAUUGCUGAUGAAAAUGAUAACAAACAUUAUUCUAUGAAUAAUAUGCUUAAAGAUAAAUCUGAACAAAGUUAUCAAUGUUCUCAAUUGAAAUAUAUUCAAUCAAAUUGUUCAAUGAAAACUUAUCUUGAUAUAUUUCAUAAUCAAGUGGAUAAUCUAUAUCAUGAUACAUUAAAAGAGAAAAAUAUUGAAAAUUGUGACGAUGUUGAUGAUGACAAUACAAUUUGGGACGAAAUUAUCCCAGUUUGUUAUAAAAUGAAUUUAAACUCAAAUAUAAAUGAAUCUGAUCAUUAUCCAUUUGAAUUAAAUGAAACCUAUGAAAAUCAUUUUCAAUUAGAUUAUUCAAUUAAAAAGAAUAAUCUAUAUUAUGAUACAUCAAAGGAGUUCAAUACUCAAAAUUGUAAUAAUAAUAAUAAUAAUAUUGAUAAUAAUAAUAGUAAUAGUAAUAGUAAUGGUAGUAACAAUAAUACAAUCCGGAACAACAUAACUCCAGUUUAUCAUGAAAUGAACUCAAAUUCAAAUAUUUUAGUUCCUUGUUGUUUACAUAAUGAAAAUUUAUAUUUUCAUAAAUCAUAUUGGGAUAAUACUAUUGAUAAACAAGAAACUACUUAUAAAUCUAUAAGUAGUAUUGAUUAUACAUGUUAUAAUAAAAAUUUUUAUGAUUUAUCAAAUAUUGUUAAAGUCAAAAAUGAUUUAUCUAAUGAUAAUCAUGAUGAACAAGUAUUCAAUGUAUAA